AUGCAGCUCGCCAAGUCCGAAGCACUGUUCGCCGAAGCCCAGCGCCUGAUGCCCGGUGGCGUCAACAGCCCCGUGCGGUCCUUCCGCGCAGUCACCGGCACGCCGCCGUUCAUCGCGUCUGGUAGCGGCGCCCGCGUCGUCGAUGUGGACGGCAACGAAUACAUCGACUAUCUUGGGUCCUGGGGGCCGCUGGUUCUCGGCCACGCCCACCCGUCGGUGGUGGCGGCCCUGACGCGGGCCGCCCAGAACGGCUCCAGCUUCGGCGCGCCGGUUGAGCAGGAGGUCGACCUGGCCCGGCUGAUCACCGGAGCCUUGCCCAGCAUCGAGUCGCUGCGGCUGGUCAACUCCGGCACAGAGGCCUGCAUGAGCGCCAUCCGGCUGGCCCGGGCCUUUACCGGACGCGACAAGAUCAUCAAGUUCGCCGGCAACUACCACGGCCACGCCGACGGCCUGCUGGUCCGCGCCGGCUCGGGUGGCCUGACUCACGGAAUACCCACCAGCGCCGGGGUUCCCGAGUCCUACGCCAGAGAGACGCUGGUGGCGGAUUUCAACGACCUGGACUCAGUGGAGCAGCUGUUCAACAACUACCCCGGCGCCAUCGCCGGGAUCAUAGUAGAGCCGGUGGCCGGGAACAUGGGCGUGGUGCCACCCGCGCCCGGCUUCCUCGAGGGGCUGCGCCGCGUCACCGCCCACGACGGCGCGAUGCUGAUCUUUGACGAGGUGAUCACCGGCUUUCGAGUCGGCGCAGGGGGAGCACAGGGGCUGUACGGGGUAAUGCCCGACAUCACCACCCUGGGCAAGAUCAUCGGCGGAGGGCUGCCCGUAGGAUGCUACGGUGGGCGGCGGGAGAUCAUGGAACGCGUGGCCCCGCUGGGCGACAUGUACCAGGCGGGGACUCUGUCUGGGAACCCGUUGGCAGUCAGCGCCGGCGUCGCCACGCUGACCGAGCUGCAGAAGCCCGGCGUCUACGAGCAGAUCGACCGGCUGGCUGCCCGCCUCACCGACGGCAUCAGCGCCGCCUUCAGCGCCGCCGAGGUCCCGGGGACGAUCAAUCGAGUCGGCUCCAUGUUCACAGGGUUCUUCAAUCCCGGCCCCGUGGAUUCCCUGGCGCAGGUAGAGCAGUCGGACGCCGCCCAAUACGGCCGCUACUUCCACGCCCUGCUGGAGCGCGGUGUCUACACCGCCCCCUCCCAGUUCGAGGCGGGCUUCGUCUCCACCGCCCACACCGAGGCAGACAUCGACGCCACCAUCGAGCGGGUGCGGGAGGCGCUGGCGGAGUUGGGGUAG